AUGACUCGAGCCGGCCCUCAUAUCGAAACCGAUGCCAUUGUCAUUGGCGGCGGUUUUGGAGGAUGCAACUCCCUCUAUAAACUACGCAACCUCGGCCUCUCCGUCAAGCUGAUCGAAGCCGGCAGCGCCUUUGGAGGGGUUUGGCAUUGGAAUAGAUACCCGGGCGCGCGUGUCGACUCCGAGACACCAUCCUAUCAGUUCAAUAUCCCUGCCGUCUGGAAAGGAUGGAAUUUCUCAGAACGAUUCCCUGGGGAUGAUGAACUGCGCCGAUACUUCCAACAUGUGGACGAUGUGUUGGGUCUGAGCAAAGAUACGGUCUUCAGUACUAUCGUGACCAAGACGGAGUAUAAUCCUGUCUCGCGGCGAUGGACUUUGCAGACCGACACGGGUUUGACGGCUACGUGCAAGUAUGUCAUCGCUGCCACCGGCUCUUCGUACAAGAAGCAUUACCCGCAGUUCAAGGGUUUGGAGACGUACAAGGGGACACUCGUCCAUGCAGCGGACUAUCCAGACUCCUUGGAUGUGAAAGGCAAGCGAGUCGGGAUUGUCGGAAAUGGUGCCUCGGGCCUACAGAUCGUGCAGACCUUGGCCAAGGAAGAAUGCGAAUUGAAUGUCUUCAUUCGCACGCCCUGCUUCACCAUUCCCAUGCACCAGCGCUCCAUUACACUUGAAGAAGCUGAAAUGAUGAAAGGCUACUACGAGGGUAUCUUUGACCGCUGCUACAAAUCUGCAGCUGGAUUCCCCCACAAUACCCGCUAUCAAUCGGCUCAUCAGGCUACACCCGAAGAGCGCAAAGAGCUCUUUGACGAGCUCUGGGCUCGCGGUGGAUACAGCUUCUUGGUCUCGAAUUACUAUGAUUUCUUGCUUGAUGAGAAGACGAAUGGCUUUUUCUAUGACUACUGGGUUCAGAAAGUGCGCCAGCGCAUGACGAACACCGAGAAGAUGGAUCUUGUGGCUCCAUUGAAACAGCAUAUGUUUGUGGGAACAAAGAGACCGAGUCUGGAGCAGGAUUAUUAUGAGAUGAUUGAUCGUCCAAAUGUGACACUCCACAAUCUCAAAAAGGCGCCCAUCGUGGAAUUUCACGCCUCUGGAGUUGUGACCGGCAGGGGAGAUGACCUCCACCACCAUGACCUAGACGUGGUCAUCUUUGCGACUGGAUACGACGCUGUCACCGGCAGUCUUCUGGACCUGGGAGUCACGGACAAAAACCAGAAAUCUCUGACUGAAAAGUGGGAGAACGGCGUUCUCACUCAUCUCGGCCUGAUGGUCCCCGAUGUCCCAAACCUGUUCAUGGUGUAUGGCCCGCAGGCCCCAACUUCUCUCGCGAAUGGCCCGCCAUUCAUCGAGAUGGAGGUGGACUGGAUCUGCAAGGCUAUUGAGAAGAUGCAAAAUAAUGGCAUUGAAUCAAUCGAACCUACACAGCAAGCUGCCGAGCAAUGGCGCGAGCAGGUCUUCCAGGCUAGUCAGCGUACCCUGUACCCGAAGACGGACUCGUGGUAUAUGGGUGCGAAUAUUCCUGGGAAGAGACGGGAGCCGCUUGUUUGGCUUGGUGGGAUACCGAGUUGGUGGAAGUGUUGUACGGAUGCGUUGGAGGAGUGGAAUGGAUUUCAUACAUCGCCGUGA